CAACUGUGCUAAGGUGAGACACGUUUUCUAACUUCUGGUAAGACUGAGAAAUUAAGCAAUAGUACUUUCUGAAACGAUCAAGAAGAAAAAUGUCAGUGACACUGCAUACAGAUGUAAGUGAUAUUAAAAUAGAAGUUUUCUGUGAGAGAACACCCAAAACUUGUGAGAAUUUUUUGGCUCUUUGUGCCAGUAAUUACUACAAUGGCUGUAUAUUUCAUAGAAAUAUCAAGGGUUUCAUGGUUCAAACAGGAGAUCCGACAGGUACCGGAAGAGGAGGUAACAGUAUCUGGGGCAAGAAAUUUGAGGAUGAAUAUAGUGAAUAUCUCAAGCACAAUGUUAGAGGUGUUGUAUCUAUGGCUAAUAACGGGCCAAACACCAAUGGAUCUCAGUUCUUCAUCACCUAUGGCAAGCAGCCACAUUUGGACAUGAAAUACACAGUAUUUGGAAAGGUAAUAGAUGGUCUGGAGACUCUGGAUGAAUUGGAGAAGUUACCAGUAAAUGAGAAGACCUAUCGACCUCUUAAUGAUGUACACAUUAAGGACAUAACUAUUCAUGCCAAUCCAUUUGCACAAUAGCUAUAAUCUGGAAAAAUAUUUGGCAGACUAUUCAAGGAACACACCUAUUGUGCUUUACCCAGUUUUAACUAUGUUGAAAGAUUACAUCAUCCUUCUGCCUGUUUAUAGCUAAGAUCUUCUAUGAGUUGGUGGUACCGUGGGGGCCCGAACAGCUUUUAUUCCCAUUAUUAAAGCAUAUUUUUUACUAUAACUGUUAUCUAAUAUAUUUAAGUUUAAUUUUUUAAAAACUCUUCUAAUUUUUUGUUACAUAUAAACAUUCAUUUUUAAAUGCUGUCUCAAAUCCAGGCAUUUUUGAGCACUCUAAUUACAUAUUCCUGCCAUAUCUAGUCCAUAUCCUAGAAGUAGUCUUUUCCAUUAAUUAGUCACUUUGUACAGUUAAGAGUAAGGACAAGAUAGAGAUGAUCUAGAAAAGCCAGCCAAUCCAUUUUGCUGUUUUCUGUAGUCUUUAGAUUUACAGUAAAGGCUCAGAGAAGUCCUAGUUUACAGUAAGCACUCAGAAUUUCCCAACUCAUUUGCCCAUGGAACAUUUUUGAAAGCUUAUCAUUUACAGUAUUGCAGGACAGAAUACUACAGGUGAUCCAUUUGGAAAAUGCAAUUAGUUGGUUAAGAGCACCAGUUGUAGAGUCCUGGAUUGUGUUUGAAUCACAGCUCUACCUCCUACUAGUAACUUUAGGCAGGUUAACAUCUCCCAAGUUUUCUCAUCCCUAAAGACUCAUCCCCCUCAUAAGACUAUUAGGAGAAUUAAAUGAAACAAUGUGUGUAAAGCUUCUGACAUGUGUAAGUGUUCUGUAGUGAGUAAAUGGAAGUAGCUCUCCUAACCUUUCUCUCCAUCACAGGGCUCUCACCGAAUCAGGCCUCAUCAUUUAUCAGGCGAUACCACUGAUCUCAUCAAGAACCAUAUUCUUCAAUCUGUUUUGAUCACCUUGGUUAGAUUUUGGGUAUUUCUUGGUUUGUAUCAUUUCUGUAGAUAGCUGAUCGAAAUAAUAUUUUCUUUCUUAACUACAAUUUGGAUGUUAGCUUGCAAUAUCCUCUUAUUACCAUCUAUACCUUCUACUAAACUGAUGUGCUAAUUAUACUAAUAUCCUCA